GGGAGGGCGCUGUCGCAGCUACAAUCGGAGUUCCUCUUUCUGUUGUCGCGAUAUUCUUGAGGCCGGAAAAACGCAAGAUCGAAGGUCGCGUAGAUGGCCCGCCUCGCCCAGGACGCCUAAGUUCUCGCGUGAGUUUAACUUCCGCCCUUUUGGCUCCCUGAGCAGCGCCAUGGCGGUCGGCAAAAACAAGCGCCUUACGAAAGGCGGCAAAAAGGGAGCCAAGAAGAAAGUGGUUGAUCCAUUUUCUAAGAAAGAUUGGUAUGAUGUGAAAGCACCAGCUAUGUUCAAUAUAAGAAAUAUUGGAAAAACAUUAGUCACAAGAACUCAAGGAACCAAAAUCGCAUCUGAUGGCCUCAAGGGUCGUGUUUUUGAAGUGAGCCUUGCUGAUUUGCAGAACGAUGAAGUUGCAUUUAGAAAAUUCAAGCUAAUUACUGAGGAUGUUCAGGGCAAAAACUGCCUGACUAAUUUCCAUGGCAUGGAUCUUACCCGUGACAAAAUGUGCUCCAUGGUCAAAAAAUGGCAGACCAUGAUUGAAGCUCAUGUUGAUGUCAAGACUACCGAUGGUUAUUUGCUUCGUCUAUUUUGUGUUGGUUUUACUAAAAAACGCAAUAAUCAGAUUCGGAAGACCUCUUAUGCUCAGCACCAACAGGUCCGUCAAAUUCGGAAAAAGAUGAUGGAAAUCAUGACCCGAGAGGUGCAAACAAAUGACUUGAAAGAAGUGGUCAAUAAAUUGAUUCCAGACAGCAUCGGAAAAGAUAUAGAAAAGGCCUGUCAGUCUAUUUAUCCACUCCAUGAUGUGUUCGUUAGAAAAGUAAAAAUGCUGAAGAAGCCCAAGUUUGAAUUGGGAAAGCUCAUGGAGCUUCAUGGUGAAGGUAGUAGUUCUGGAAAAGCUACUGGGGAUGAGACCGGUGCUAAAGUUGAACGAGCUGAUGGAUAUGAGCCACCAGUCCAAGAAUCUGUUUAAAAGUCAGACAUUUAAUGGUGACAAAUAAAAAAUCGUAUUUGUGAUGUUUAAUUUCUGAUGAUUCUUUUUAAAUAAUGUGGGCUUGGUGAAUCAGAUAUUCUGAACUGAUGGUGAUGUGAACUUUUCCAGACUGUUGUAUGGAUUUUAUCCAUUGCUCUGUGUUACUAAAUAGCUGCAAAAGGGUAGUGAUCCAUUUUAAGCUGUAGUGAUCUGGAAGUAUAGAGGGUUAAUAAAAGGAAAUCUUUUUUUUUUUUUUAAGGUUUUAUUUAUUUGACAGAGAGAUAGAAUACAGGCAGGGGGAGCAGCAGAGGGAGAAGCAGGCUAUCAGCUGAGCAAAGAGCCCAAUGUGACCUGAGCCAAAGGAAGAUAGGUAACUGAUUGAGCCACCCAGGUAUCCCUUAAAUGGUUCUUGAACCAUUUGGAAGGCUUGUUGAAAUAUGGCAGGGCUCUGCCCCCAGAGUUUCUGAUUCAGUAGUUGUAGGGUGAGACCUGAAAACUUGCUUUUUUUGGAAACUUGCGUUUUAACAGUUUCCAGGUGAUGGUGAUGGCCAGGGACCAGACUUGAAAAACCACUGUGCUAGAUUGAUAGAAUAAUGGGAAGAGCCCGUUGACUUAAGAGUUUUGGGUUUUUUCCCUCUAGCAGCAAAAUGCCACACUGUGCACCAGUACUGUGAAGUUGAACUUGGCUAGAGAAAUUGGUUCUUGAUCACCUGUCAAUAAGUGGGUAUUUGAUGCUGCCCACUAGCCAGUAUUUCCUCUAGUCAUUCACCCAUUCUGUUCUGUAGUCCUUCUCACUUCCAACUUUCUCAUUUUUGAUCAGCUGAUGACCUUAAAACCAUGAAAAAUUUAACGUAGAUGAGAGAAGAGAACUUAAAUUCCCACAUAUAUUAGCAUUUUUGCCCUCCUUGCCUAAUCAAGCUCAUGGCUCUAGAAGUUUUCACCUUUAUUGAUAUUCAACCAGUCCCUACCAUGAGCAUACAAACAAAUAUACCCUUCCAGGUAACACCCUACUCUCAAACCCCUUAUAUAGCAAAACUCAAAAAAGGUAACUAUUUUUUCUUGGACAAUGAGCAGUUCUUUGUUUGAUGUUUGAGUAAUCCAUUUUCUUUGUACCUAAUUUUACUUUUAAAUUAAGCUGUUGCUGUGAAGGUUGCCAAUAACUUUGUUGCUUGCUAAGUCUAAAUGGUCUAUUUAUGACCUAUAUUUUAUAUGCCUCUAGUGACAUUUGACAGUUUUCUUUUUUUUUUAAGAUUUUAUUCAUUUGAGACACAGAGCAUGAGCAGGGGGAGAGGGAGAAACAGGCUCCCCGCUGAGCCAGGAGCCCGAUGGCGGAGCUCGAUCCCAGACACUGGGAUCAUGACCUGAGCCGAAGGCAGACGCUUAACCAUCUGAGCCACCCAGGCGCCCCGACAGUUGAUUUUCUUCUGGAAUCUUAAAGAUUUCCUCCCAUGUCAGUAGCCACUCUUUACUAGUUCAUCUCAGACUUUAGAGUUGGAGAGGCUUAGGGCUUAGUCCUUGGACAUUUAUCAAUACUCUCCCUAGAUACUCUUAUUUAAUAUAUUAAGCUGACAUGCAGAUUUUUUAUUUCUAGCCUGUACCUUUGAACUAUAGGUUUGUCUAUCCUCUUUACUUGGAUAUAAAAUAGGCAUUUCACAUUUGACAGGUCUAAAAUGGUAUUCUGGAUCCUAACAGUUUAACCCACCCUUAUGUUUUAGGCCAAAAUCUUCUGGUCAUCCUUGAUCCAGUUUAUUCAAAAUAUAUCUGGAAUCUCACCAUUUCUAACCAACUCCAUUGUGAUCACUUUUGCCAUCAUGACUACCUGGAUUGUUACUACUUACCUGGCCUCCCUACGUCCCCUCAUAAGGAAUUUUAGAUGGUCUGUUCACUCAAGGCCCAAACUGAUCUUGCCCCUGACCUCUUAUUACCAUUCCCCUAACAUUUCUAGCCAGGCUGCCCUCACUAUUCCUGGAUGGGCUGGCUAGGUACAUUCUUACCUUGGCUUUGGCACUUGUUUUCCCUAUGCGUGGAACACUCUUCCCUUACAUGCCACAGAGCUUGCUCCUUUACCUCUCAGUAGACCCCAAUGAUAGGCGUGGCCUAUUAAAAAUUGUGCCCUAUUUGGCAUUCCCAAUUUCCCGUUACUUUUUUCUGUAGUUUUUACUUGUGUCUACGAGAAUAUUCCAUGAGGAUUGUUUUUUGGUCUUAUUCACCACUAUACCUCCAGUGCCUAGAAGUUCAAUGUUUGUUGAAUAAAGGAAUGGAUGGCAUUCCCUGUUAAUACCCCAUAGUGAAGAAGCAAAUGUUUUCGGUAAAAAACAUUAGUUGUACAUUUGGAUCUCAAAUGACAGGGGCUUCCUUUCCAGGGCGGACAGAAGUGGGGUCUAACAAAGGGUCACUGGGGGUAGGGUCCUGGAAUUAAACAGUUUUUAUCUUGGGUGUUGGACAUUAUUUAGUGAUAAUAGUCAAGCUCCAAUUUGCUACGUCUGUAUAGAGCUUGGCUUAUCUGUUUUAUCUUACAAGUGUUCAUUUGAAAAUGGUUCCAGAAAGAAUAUGUGAUUGAAUUUUUUAAAUGGUUCAGCCUGUCUGAUGACGGGUUUAAUCAAGUUAUCUUUUAGGCCAACUUGAAGGUGGGUAACUUCCAACCAGUGGGAAAUACUGUAAAGGGUAAUUCUGUUCCCUGUUUCCCAUUUAAGUAUCUUAGAAACUUAACACAUAGAUCCUAAGUAUUCACAUGUGGCUUUUCUCUACUUGACUCUAAUUGGAACAAUUUUACUUUGGUCUUUCAUUGGAAAACAACUGUUGUAACCAGGGAUGUGGGAAUCUUCAAAAACAAGACCUUUGUGUUCAGGCAUGAUUGGAUUAGGCAGCAAAACUAACAGUUGAUCUGAAACUGACUUUUGCUUUUUUUAAAGUGGCUUUUGCUUCUUGAAUGUGUACAGUUGAGUGGUAUUAGAAAGUGUGUACUAAUGUGCAAAAAGGUGCUUGGGAGAGUAUCCUAGAUAAUUUGGGUGCACGUUAUGUAACUACACAGGUUUUUAACUGGAAAAAUGAGGCAGAAGAGAUUGGGAUAAUGCAAUGUGAGGGUUCUGAUUGAUGUUACUAACUUUGAUGGAGAAAGAAGGCCAUGGGCCAAGGGAAGUGGGUGGCCUCUAAAAGCUGGAAAAGACAUGGACAUUCUCAGUGUCACAAUGUUACGACAGAAUAUGCCACCAUCAUUCAUCCCACAUUGUAUGCACAGUAGUCUAACCAUCACCAACAUAAUUAUUGGACAGUGUUUUGAAAAUGUGACAUGGCCCACUAAUUUUUAAGAUUUUAUUUUUAGAGAGGCAGAAAAUGCACGUGUGCGAAUGGGGAGAGGGGCAGAGGAGGAGGGAGAGAAUCUGAAGCCGACUCAAGCACUGAACUCAAGCUAGACACAGGGCUCAAGGGGCUCAAUCUCACCACCGUGAGUUCAUGACCUGAGCCAGAACCAAGAGUUGAACACUUAAACUGACAGAGCUACCCAGGUGCCCUGGCCCACUAAAUUUUUAUAGUUGUACUGUUAACAUUGCUUGAGCACAUUGCCAUUAUUCUCCCUUUUAGGCCUAUGUAGUAGUCUCAUUGCUCCCUUUUAGGCCUUAUGUAGUACUCUCAUUGCUACAAGUAUAUAGGUCCUUAAUGCCCACUUCAGUCCUUGCAUUAAUAGCUCUGUAGUUAGGGCGCCUGGGUGGCUCAGUCGGUUGAGCGACUGCCUUCGGCUCAGGUCAUGAUCCUGGAGUCCCGGGAUCGAGUCCCGCAUCGGGCUCCCUGCUCGGCGGGGAGUCUGCUUCUCCCUCUGACCCUCCUCCCUCUCAUGCUCUCUCUAUCUCAUUCUCUCUCUCAAAUAAAUAAAUCUUUAAAAAAAAAAAAAAAAAAGCUCUGUAGUUAAAUUUGAUUGAAGCUUGUUCUCUGGUCAAUUCCUCAGGAAGUUCUCGUGGCAUUAUUUUCUGAAUUCUUCCAUGUUUAGUACAGUUUGUCAGUGUGCUUUAUAUCUGAAAGUCACUUUUAUUGGAUAGAACAUCCUUGGCUUUUUCUUUGAGCAUUUUAAAUAUGCUACUGCAUUUUCUCUGGCAUAAAACAUUGCUAAUGAAGGUCUGAUGAUAAUUAUUCUAAUUUUCUUUCCCUUAUAAAUAAGUUACUUUCUGUUUUGGCUAGAAGCCCAAAGAAUUUUUUUUUAAUCCAGUGAGUUUAUAAAAUAUAUCUUGGUAGUUGUUCUGAUGGAAUAGUGUCAGGUAUGAAAUAUACUCUGUGAGAAUGUAAUUGUAAUUCUUUUUUUGAGGCGGAGUUUUCAUAAAUUAAGGUUUUUAGCAUUUGUUCUGUUCCCUUGAUUUGGUUUCCUUUAUUGGGGACUUUUUGCCUGUGAUUUCCUGGCAGCUGUUGCAGUCCCUAACUAUCCAUGUGAUAAACUCCUUGGGUUGUAUUUUUGUAGGAUGUGUCAGCUAAUUACUGCCCAUGAGCUAAAUCUGGCCAGUGUCUGUUUUUCGAUGGCCUGCAAGCUAAGAGUGGUUUUUCCAUUUUCAUAUGGGUGGAAAAAAAAUUCAUCAUAUGUGAAAAUUAUAUGAAAUUCAAAUCUCCGUAUACACAAAGUUUGGAACACAGCUCCACAUUCAGCUUUAGGUACUAUCAGUUGCUGCCUCUGGCCCUGCAGCGGCAGAGUUGGGUAGUUUUGACAGGCCAUCUUCGGCACACUCAUCACUCCACACUAAGGGGCAGCACAAUGCACACUGUAGCGACACAGUAAGAAUGCAGUGUUUCGUAUCACCUACCUGAGAAGACCCCUUCAAAGAAGCAAUACAUAAAAUCUCAUUACAAAUCAGCAUUAAUAGGUGAACAUUUGCAGUUGAUGAUGGAGAUUGCGGACUUGAACACUAAGGGAAAUGUCACCAACCCCAAAAGAAAGACUUCUAUUAUUUAAAAAAAAAUUACAACUGUUAGUUUCAACUUAAUAAAAAUUUUGUGGAGAUUUUCUGCUCAUUAGGCCUACAUAGUAUCCUUAAUUGUGCCCCUUGGUCCUUUACAGAAAAAUCUUACAACCUGCUAUAAAUAAGGAAAUAAAGCAUUCAAGUUAACUGAUAGGGUUUGUGCAAAACUUGCAAUGGAGAAAAAUUAUACUUUCGGAAUAAAUGUGUGCCUGUGUGCACACCUCUGGGUCA